ACCAAGAGUCAGAAGUGCACAGAUGGCUAUGGCUUUCACCCCGGGGGGCUCUUUGGGGACGCUUGGUUCUGGGGCUAGGGAAAGGCUGCGACGGGCCGCGGGGAUCCUGGCGCACGUCUGCGGACUAGCCCUGUAUAUGAAAAGAUAUGUUGAGAAGAGUCGAGCAGAAGAGUGGGCACUAUUUUACUUGAAUAUGAAGAAUCAUUCAACUAAUGAACCAUUUUUGUUUACCAUGAGUGAUUUUUCUAAAUAUAAUUUGAGCAAAAAAUUUGAAAAGCUGAAGACAUUGUUGUUCACUCAGCCUAAGCAAAGGAGCCAAGAAAAUCUCAGAGAGAUUCAACAAUGUCUAAAGAUGAACAGGUCAUUUUGCAGUCUGCCAAAUGAAGUUCAGCUCCAACUUUGCCAGACCGCAAUAUAUCAAGAGUUUGGAGCUGAAAGCCUGGUUCUAAGGCAAGGACAUGCACCUCUUGAAUGCUACUUGAUUCUUGCUGGCCGUUUAAGGGUUGUAUCAAGUAACACAAGCACCAACAAAAACUCUGACAUUUUAAGUGAGUUUGAAGAAGGCGACUUCAUUGGGGAAAUCUGCCUCUUAACAAAUGCCAAUCGACCUACUUCAGUUGUAUGUGAAACAAAUGUAGAACUUCUGGUGGUAAGUAAAGAAGAUUUUCACUGCAUGCUUGCACAGAGAGUCCAAGAACAAUACCAAGAAAUGUGCAGCUUUCUAAGGAAUCUCCCAUUAUUCUCUUCAUGGCCCAAAGAAAAGAUAGAAUUUCUGGUUCAUUGCUCCUUACGCCGAUACUACAGGGCUGGAACAACCAUUAUCUCUGAUCAUUUAAAAUCCUGCUUCUUUGUAUUCAUCACAUCUGGUCAUUGUCUGGUAACUGCACAGAUUAACUAUGAGAAAAUAUCUGUACCUUCCUGGGUGAUGAAGACAGUUUCUUCCACUCUAAAAAAUUUUCACAGUGGUCUUCCAUCGAGGCAAACUAUUGGUGUAACUGGGAAAAGCUUAGAAAGAUCCACAGUUUCUCCAAAGAUUUCAUUCUCAGCUGCUAGAAAAACACCAGUCAACACAAAAAAACCCCAGCACCAGGGAUCUUCACCAGCAACAUGUUUUGUUGAGAUAAGAGUUCUGGAACAAGGUGGAAUUUUUGGCUUGGAAGAAACAGUGGGAAAACCUUGUGAUCUUCAUUUGUGCUUGAUUAGUGAAGGAGCAGAAUGCAUUUUUAUUCCGAAAAACUUAUUUCUAGCAGAAGCCAGCACUGAAUUCAGGAGAGCAGUUUUGGAGCUGGUGUGUCCUUACCCCACAGAGGAGGCCAUUCAGGAGCACCUGACCACACAGCAAGUGUGGAAUGAGUACAAGGACAGACUCCUGGCACAGCACCCGAACACAAGAAGCAGGGCCACUGGCAGAGCUCAUUUUUGUUUUUUAAAAAUAUUAAAAGACAUUAAAAAACACAAGUGAAAGUUCAUUUCAGUAUGCUCGAAGACCUGCCUUUACGGAGAUGAGGGCACAGGAUAUAUAUAUGCAGUGCUGCUCAAAAAGAUGAUGUCACAGUCUAAUUUGCUCAGAACUGUAUCUUGGUAACUGUUACACUGGAAAACACAAUUGAAACCUGAGAAGUUGUACUGUUAUUUUUCAUUAAAUGAUGUGUUCAAGAUUUAGUUAUCCAAGAGGUUUUAGUUCACAUUGGAUAGUGUGCUCAAUACAUUUGUUAGUAAUAAAAGCAGGCUAGAAAACUGACUAAUAUGAUUGCAAUUAAAAAUAUGUGUGUGUGUGUGCACAUGUGUGUGUUUACCACAUACAAAAUGGCACAAGAAUUUAGCAAUGGUAAACUGAAUGGAAGUUUUUUUUUUUGUUUUUUAUUUUUUUUUUCUUUUGUCAGUACUGGGGAUUGAACUCAGGACCACAUGUGUACUGGCAGGGACUCUACCAUUGGGUUAAAUUCCCAGUCUCCAAGUUAUGCAUUUUUGUGUUUAUUUUUUUUCUUUUUUGAGUAUUUCUGUCUUUUCAAGAAUAUUAUACUAGCAAAUUACUCUUUUAAUCAGAAAAAUAAAGUCUUAAAAAAAUCCUGGUUCGGGGCUGGGAUGUGGCUCAAGCGGUAGCGCGCUUGCCUGGAAUGCGUGCGGCCCGGGUUCGAUCCUCAGCACCACAUACAAAGAUGUUGUGUCCGCCGAUAACUAAAAAAUAAAUAUUAAAAAAAAAAUCCUGGUUCUUCUUAGGCUAAUGUUUCCAUGAUAUAAACUUGGAAGACUGAAAAAUUAACACAGUGAAUAAAGAGGGAAAUGAUCCUGCAGGGAACUUCACAUUAUAUGAAACCUGUGUCUUGUCCUGGGAGAGUUAAAGAUGGUACAAUGGUUAGAUACUUUAGUGGAUGUUUGUUCAUGCCUCUAUCCCAGGUACCUACCUCUAAUUUCGGCUCUCAGGCACUCUGGCAGGACAACAGCAUCUCGCCCCCAGUGCCCACCCUGAGGGUUCUCCAGGAGAAAAGCUCAAGCAGAGUAAGAAUGGGAUUGGAUGGAUAAACGUUCCAGCCUUCCAAUCUUUGGUGGAAUG